AUGAGCUUCGCCAUCGAGGUGCCGGGCGAGACGAACCCGCUGAGCUUCCAGACGCUCUGCCGCGCCCUAGAGUCCGCCACCUCCCAUGACUUUGCCCAGCGGCAGGCCGCGGGCCAGCAGCUCACGUCGUGGGAGCAGCACCCGGGCUACUACUCGUCGCUGCAGGCCGUCUACCUCGACAAGUCCCUGCCCACGAGCAUCCGCUUCCUCGCCGUCAUCCAGCUUAAGAACGGCAUCGACAAGUACUGGCGCCUCUACGCGCAGGUCAAGAACGGCAUCAAGCCCGACGAGAAGAACCUGAUCCGCUCCAAGCUGUUCCAGGGCACGCUCGACGAGGAGGAGAAGAACCUGGCUCUGCACAACGCGCUGGUUGUCGCCAAGGUCGUUAGGAUCGACUAUCCCGCCGACUGGCCCGACGCCCUGCCCAGCAUCAUCGCGUUGCUUCGCUCGUCCAAAGACAACAAUCCACGCCAGCUGUACGGCGCUCUCCAAAUACUGCUCCGCGUCGUCAAGGAGCUCGGAACGGCCCGCUUAAGAAAGUCGCAGACUGCGCUGCAAUCCGUCACGCCCGAAAUCGUCUACGUCCUCGGCGAGAUCUACUCGGAAAAGUCGUCAGCAUGGGCCUCAUAUCUGGGCAGCGGCCAGGGCGCCGAAGAGGAUGCCAGCCUCGCCAUGCACAGCAGCCUCUUGGCCCUCAAGGUCCUGCGACGCUUAAUCGUCUUGGGCUACGAGCGGCCACAUACCGACAAGUCGGUCGAGCAAUUUUGGACCUUGUCUCAAAACCAGUUUGGCCAGCUCCUCAGCAUUGUCGACCGCGAGUCCAAGAACCCGUCCGCCGUCCAGGACCUCAUCGGCAAGCACCUGCUGCAGUUCACAAAGCUGCACAUCGACGUGGCUGAGCAGCAGCCAGCGAGCUUUUCUAUCCUCCCCAAUUCUUUGUCCCUCGUCCAUGCCUACUGGGACCUCGUCUCCAAGUUUGCCGAGGUGUUCGACAAGUCCGGUGGCAUCAGGCAAGGCUCUGGUGACGCCGCAAAGGCCAAGGUGGAGGGGCCUCUGCAAGAACGGCUGGCUUUAAGAGGCCUUCUCCUCCUCCGGGCCUGCGUGAGGAUCGCCUUCCAGCCGGUGCAAACCUUCAAAUACCGAACGCCAGAGACCAAGGCGGAGCAGGAGCAUGCAAAGACCAUCAUCAAGACGGAGCUUCUCAAGGACGACUUUGUUAUCCCGAUUGCCAACGCCAUCAUCACCCAUCUCUUCGUGUUCCGUAGGUCGGACCUCGAGGCCUGGGAGGAGGAUCCCGAGGACUGGGAACAGCAAGAGCAGAGCGAGGGAAACGCCUACCAGUGGGAGGUCCGACCAUGCGCCGAGAAGCUCUUCUUGGACCUCCUCACAAACUUCAAGCAGCUCAUCGUGCCGCCUUUGCUGUCGUACUUCCAGUCGGCUCAGUCGCCGCAAGCAGACAUCGCCACCAAGGAAGCGGUGUAUACUGCCAUGGGCCUGGCCGCCGCCCAUGUCUGCAACGAUUUCAACUUUGAUACCGUGCUGAGGUCGACUAUUGUCAAUGACGCGCAGCAGCAAGGUGGCCUCCACAAGGUGCUGCGCCGGCGCAUUGCGAUUCUCAUCAGCCAGUGGGCACCGGUCAAGCUUUCAGACGACAGCCGACCUGUCGUGUAUCAAAUAUAUCAGCACUUCCUCAACCCCAACGACGAGACAAACGACCUUGUCGUCCGAAUCACAGCCGCCAGGCAGCUACGAUGGAUCGCCGACGAGCUAGGCUUUAGCACAGAGGCAUUCCUGCCAUACACCUCGGAUGUUCUCACGCAGCUCAUCCAGCUUACACAGAGCGUCGAUGUGGACGAGACGAAGCUCGCCAUUCUCGAAUCGAUCAGAAUCUUGGUGACCAGAAUGGAGGAGCAGGUCUCACAGUUCGGAGACCAGCUCAUGGCGGCCCUUCCCAGCGUCUGGGAGGGGUCCGGAGCCGAAGAAUACAUGAUUAAGCAGGCUGUCAUUGCAAUUUUUGCCGCCCUUGUCAUGAGCAUGGGAAGCAACUCUCAGCGGUAUCAAAACUUUAUGAUCCCAUUGCUGUCUGAGGCUGCUCGACCAGGAUCGGACUUGCACGUCCAUCUCAUUGACGAGUCGCUCGAGUUGUGGAACUCGAUCCUCAUGCAGAGCCACGCGCCACUUGCUCCCGAAGUCAUCAACCUCGCCGAGAUGGCGCUGCCGUUGCUGGAGUACCAAUCCGACACCGCAUACCAGGCGCUCACUGCCGUCGAGUCUUACCUGCUCCUUGCGCCAAGUGCGAUGCUCGAAGAUCGACUGCGCCGACCGACCCUCACUGCCCUGGCAGGAACGCUAGACUCUAAGAGCCGCGAGAUGGUGCGCGUUGGGACAGUGUGCGUCGAAUACCUAAUCCGCUCAGCCGCCGAGCUGGGAGGCUCAAACGGCGUCUCCGUCAUCAUCCAAGACAUGAUUGAGACGGGUUUCAUGAACAAGAUAAUGACCAACCUCCGGGAUGCCUGGGAGGCGCACCAAACGACGGGCCCCAACCGGAGAGUGAGCAAGCUCAACACCGUUACCGAAGGCGACUACUUUGCCAUACUUGCGCGGCUUGCCCUCGCCGAGCCAAAUCUGUUUGUGCAGAUGCUCACCACAUUCGGUAGCCUCGACCAGGUAUGGGCAUGGCUCUCGUCCGAGUGGUUCGCUCACUUGCUCAGCAUGGACCACCUCGAGCGGCAGAAGCUCUACCUGCUCGGUCUGACCCGGCUCCUCGAGGUCCAGUCCCCCAUGCACGAGCUCGUCCUCAGCAAGCUACAAGACUACUUCGACAUGUGGACCAACAUCAUCAUGGAGCUGCAGGACGGCGUGGCCAACAACACGGACACGCUCAUCACAGGGGAGCUCGAGGCCACCGAGUACGACACGCCAAAGACGGACGCCGAGCGGCGCAUGAUGACUAGAGACCCCGUCCACUCGGUGCACGCGUUUGGCUUUGUCGCGCCGCGGCUGCAGGACCUGGUGGCGCGUGCGGGGGGUGAGGCCGUGUUCGAGGAGACGUGGGCGGCCAACGUGGACAAGGAUGUGCUGGCAAAGUUUCAGGAGAUUGCCCGGGCGAUGCAGCAGCAGCAAUAA